ACACCAACUCCACCGCCGCAACAGAAGCAGUUACCGAAACCACAGCAGAAACAUCAGCCAAGGACGGCGCCGAUGCCGAUGCUGAGCAGAUGCUGCCACAGAUUCCGUCGUAUAUCCGCACAACCGCCAUGUUCUUCUGCAUAGUCAUCAUGUUGUUGGGUGUGGUGGGCAAUGUUAUGGUGCCCAUUGUGAUUGUCAAGACAAAGGAUAUGCGCAACUCCACAAACAUCUUCCUCACCAACCUGAGCAUCGCCGACCUGCUGGUCCUGCUCGUCUGCACGCCCACCGUCCUCGUGGAGGUCAACACCCGCCCAGAGACCUGGGUCCUCGGGCAUGAGAUGUGCAAGGCCGUGCCGUUCGUGGAGCUAACGGUGGCCCACGCCAGCGUGCUGACCAUCUUGGCCAUCUCGUUCGAGCGAUAUUACGCAAUCUGCGAGCCAUUAAAGGCCGGCUAUGUCUGCACCAAGGGGCGGGCCAUCCUCAUCUGCGUCCUGGCCUGGGGCAUUGCUGCGCUCUUUACGAGCCCCAUUCUUUGGGUGGCCGAGUACAAGCUAGCCGAGUACAUUGAUGGAUCGUCGGUGGCCGUGUGCCUCACGCAGGCCAUCACCGACUGGACCAUUGCCUUCUUCCUGAUGACCAUUUCCGUGUUCUUCGUGGUGCCGUUUGUGACCCUGGUGGUGCUGUACGGCAUCAUUGCCAGGAACCUGGUCUCCAACCGGGGCGCCAUGCUGCGGGCGCGUCCCACGAAGCCGGAGCUAAGCCUAAAGGCACGCAAGCAGGUGGUCCUGAUGCUCGGCGCCGUCGUUCUCUCCUUCUUCGUCUGCCUGCUGCCCUUCAGGGUGCUCACCCUCUGGAUCAUCCUCAGCACGGACCAGACGCUCCAUGACCUCGGGCUGGUGCGCUACUACAGCCUGCUCUACUUCUGCCGGAUAAUGGUGUACCUCAACUCGGCCAUGAAUCCCAUUUUGUACAACCUGAUGUCCACGAAGUUUAGGCGGGGCUUCGGGCGCCUCUGCCAGGAUGCAAGCAGACUGUUGCUGGAACUAGUUACCCUGGGAAGGCGAAAGGAGGGCGCAUCACGCGGACGCAGCGGAACCUUGUCGCUGGGCAUGGGCACCAAUACCAAUACGAACACCAACUCAUCAAAUGCGACCGCUGCCACGAGUUCCAGUAUCUUGUCGCGUAGUUCGAACCGCCGCUGCAGCGAGGACAUCAGCCGCACCCGUUUGAAGAUCGAACUACAGAUGCCAUGUGGCAGUGAUUUGGAGGUCAUGGCCAUGUUGCAGCACUCGACGCUGGGCAAGAGGGUGGGCCGCAGAGAGAGUGAUAGUCGCUUGAUGAGCCUGAGAAAUCCUCAACCGCGACGCCAAAAGCCACAAAUCAGUUUCGAUGAGGAGGCCCUGGGUGGAGCGGCGAAGGAGAAACUGCCGGCAGGAAAUCCACCCAAGAUAGACCUUCCUUGAAUGAGAAAUCGUCCGUAACCCGUUUACACGCUCGCUUCACUUGGCUGGAAUGUGUCGAUGAUGCUGCUGAUCCCGGCACACAAAUCCCAUCCAGAACGCCUUUGGCAGGCAUAAUCGAUUUCAGUCAACCGUUGACAGCUCACAACUCCACAAGAAAGAACCGGAGCUGGGGCCGCCGCCUUGGACAUUUCCGUACAAAAAACAAUCAAUUUUUCGGGCUAUUAAACUCGAAUGAAUGUGCCAAAGAUAAAUAACAGCAGCGACAGCCAAACAGCACUACAACUACUACCGAUACUGGCCAGAGUUUGGAGCUGGGGCCUCUGGCCGAUGGCCAUUAUGCCACGGAGAGUGGGAAAAGUGUGCAGCGACGGCAAAUGGAAAUGGGAAAUGGCUUAAUAUGCGUUUGGGAACCCCAUCAAGGCGGCGGAUAAACAUGAUUUAGGUGGAUUGAAAUAGUUUCUGUAAGCCGGCCAUGAUUCGGGCGCCAUUACACGAGCGGCGGCCAUCACCGGAUGUCCGAGGAAACUGUUGCCUGCUUUGCGGCGGCUCGAAUAAAAAGCUUAGCUCAAUAUGCACACGAUAUAGGUUUCACAUAUGUAAACACAGUUGUACAUACAACAUAUACACACACACACUCACACAUCUAAGCUACGCCAGCAUACGUAAAUAAUAAUAUUUAUAUUUAUACAUUUAUACAUACAUAUAUACUCUGCUUAUAAAUACAACCAGGAACACACGCUCGCACACACACACCACACACUCGAGCCAGAUUUUGUAAGUAAAUAAAUUUUUUAUGACAACUCAUGACGGGUCAAAGAAAUCGGUUUUUUUUCAACAUAUUGCCCCCAUCCCAGGGAAAUCUCUAAUCAUUCUGUGAACAGCCGUGUAAUUUAUUUACUCGUAAUUCUAAGGAAAUCGGAGAAAUGCCAAGCUGGCCC